UCCCCGGCACAUGCCUAACCCCAGCAUCUACAUGGUGGUAGGUAGGAAGCCCAAGCUGAAGAAAGCCUUCCCUCACACCCCCACCAGCCCCUUUAGACCCCAGGAACAUCCCCAAACCUUCCCCCUCCACUACCCCCAGAGCCUCUACGAUGCUUCCUCCUUCCCCCACACCCGGUCCCUGUACGAUCUGCCUCCUCUCCCCCUGCCCCAGCCCCUCCUGGAGGACCCCUCCAUGGAGCCGGAGUUCAACCCUGACUUGGAGCUCCGUCUUGGGCCUGAGGAUGGAGGGUCACUCCCCUCUCCCUGCAGUAACCAGGAAGUGCUGGAGACUCAGGAUAAGAGCAAGUCUCUACCUAGCAGGAUGACCAUAUCCUGUCUGGCUGAAUUGGACAAGAAGAAACCCAAGGUUCCUCCUCCGGUUCCAAAGAAGCCCAACGUCCUGCUUCUUCCCUCCAACGGUACCACCGACAGACAGGGAACACAGACAGACUGCCCUGCCGCCCUCCGCUCUCCCGUUAGAGCGUUCCCACCAGAAGAGAUUCCCGGGAAAGAGGAAAACCAGGAAAAUUACCUGGGAAUAGGGACGGAUGAGGAAAUCUCCAUGGAGUCUUCCUUACAGGACUCUUCUUUUACAGACGUGGAGGGGAGGCUCAGCAUUACAGAGACAGGCAGAAGUGAUGAUGCGGAGAGUGUUGAGGAGAGCAGUUCGGUCGUUAGUGACAAGACGGAACUCCACAUCACAGAGGAAAUGGAUGAUGAUGUCAGAGGUCACACACCUACCACACACACCACAGAGGACCUGUUCACCAAAAUACACAGGUCAAAAAGGAAAGUCCUGGGCCGUAAGGAACCAGGGGACUCGUUCGGCAGCCGCCAGAGUCUGGUCUCCCCGGUGAAGCACAGCACCAGUGGUGGUGACCUCCGAACCCUGACCCUGGGCUCGACCCCGCGCUCCACCUCGCGGAAUGACAACUUCAUGGCCCUGCUCCAAAAGAAGGGCAGCAAGUCCAGCACGGGAGGGGCCAGAGUCUCUGCUAUGGAACUCCUCAAGAGCACAAACCCCCUCGCACGACGCGUCACAGAAUUCUCCACCUCGGCGGACGGAGGAGGGGAUAUGACCACCGGGAAUAAUGGAACCAGAAUGCCUCAGGACCAAUGAGAGUUUUUAAAUCACUUGUCCCAGGUCAUCCUCUCUCUCUCUCUCUCUCUCUCUCUCUCUCUCUCUCUCUCUCUCUCUCUCUCUCUCUCUCUCUCUCUCUCUCUCUCUCUCUCUUCUCUCUC